AUGACUGUGUACUUCCCGAAUGGCACCGCCGUGGCGGCCAACGGCACGGUCAUCUUUGACCCUGCGACGAGCCCCGUGGCCGUGGACUCGGAGGGCAACACGUUCUUCGCCAACGGCACCGUCGUCAGCGCCAAUGGCACUGUUGAGAGCGCCAACGGCACUGUUGCAACCAACGACACCGCCAUCCCCAUCGAUGGGCCGGGUCUCCCCGUGCCCCCCACCAUCUCGUCUCCUCCCAACGGCGACGGCUCGGUGGCGCCCCCCGUCACCUCCAUGCCCGCCCCUGCUGAUGUGCCCCUCGCUUCCACCAUGCCCGCCCCCAUUGAUGUCCCCCCCGCCACCAACAUGCCCGCCCCCGUUUAUGUGUCCCCCGCCACUGCCAUGCCCAUCGUCCUGGUGGAGUUGAUCCCGAGGGUCAUGGGCGGGUGGGGCGACUGGGGCAACUUGGGCAACUGGAGCGCGGAGGAGCAGCAGCAGUGGUGCGGGAAUGUGACGGAAUUGAUGAACGGGGUCGUGCCGGGGCUGAACGUGACUGCCAGCGAGUACCUCGCCUGGCUCAACGCCUCCUCCCUCGCCUGGGCGGCAGGCUUUGAUGCCAUGUGGGAGCAGGCUGGCAGCGACAUGAACGUGGCACGGGUGGUGCGAGCUGAUGUGAUGGACAGCGAUGGCAUCGUGGUGCAUGGUGUGGAUGGCGUGCUGUUUCCCCUCUUCCGCGACUUGCCCGUGUUAAAGGGCGGCGUAGGAGGAGGAGGAGAGGGUGACGUGCCUAUGCCCAUUGCCGUGCCUGUCGUGGCACUUGGUGGCGCUGCUAACGACAGCGCGCGCGACACUGGUACAAAUGGCACUACGAAUGGUGGGAAGCCCAACGGCAGUGUUGCCACAGGUGCUGGUGCUGCUGCUGGGUCCAGCAACAGCAGCAGUGGUGGGAAGGAUGCAUUUAAGAUUGCGGCGAGUGGCACGCCAGCACCACCUGCUGGGUCACCCCCCCCGAGCAAAUCGCAGAGCAAGGCUGCUGCAGGCCCCAUCCUCUUGGCUGUUGCGCUCUCCCUUGUGGCUCUACUGUAG